GUUGACAUACCUUUUAUAAAUGUUGUCAACAGAAUCCACUUUCUGACAACUUUCGGUGCUAAAAGGUGCUUAUCGUCUUAAUUAUCGCCUUAAACGAUUAGAUUAUAGUAUCAAAAAUCGUUCUGUGGGAAUUGUUAGCUAUGCUUCCUUCUCACUAAAAUUCUGCUAAUAAAUCUUAUACACAGGUUAGCAUUGAUUUAUUCUUUUGAGCGAUAAAAGUAUUAUAUCGACCUCAAUCGAAUGUUUCUCUUUACUCAUUUUACAUAGUAAUUAUUUGGCCUAUCGUCAGUCAAAAUGGCAGAUAGCGACGGCGGGAGUGACGGCGGGAGCGAUGGAGGAGAGUAUUUUGAGCCUAAAGCUGAUUUGGAUAAACUUACUGAAAAACAACAGAAAAAAAGAAUAAAAGAUAUUCAAAAAUGGAGAGUUUUUAUGGACUUUUUAUUCCGUCACGUUGCUAUAGCUACCUUCAAGUACAAUGUAUUCGAAGCUGAAAAUUUGGACAAUUUUUUAAAGGCCAUGGAUACGGCUGAACAUAUAAGGUCGACCAUGAAGUUGAAAAAGGGUGAAGAACCUAGGAUAAGCUCUUUCAGAACUAUGAAAGAUUCUGCUGAACUUUUACACCAAAGAGACUACCUACAAGAGGCGAAGGUUCUUCGUGGAUUUUUAGACGUUUCCGGUCGAAUGAAAGGACUGGGAAUGAUAGCAACAGGCUUCUUUAAAGCUUUGAAAAAAGGAAAAGUUAGAGGCCUUGACAAGUUAAAAUAUUAUGUUGACUUUUGGAAAGGCUUCUGCAUUAGGACCUACGACUACGGGCAAUUGGCAAUGAGAGGUGUCGAUCCAGACUCGCUUAGCGAGUUAGACAAACGAUUUUUGCCUUGGCUUUGCGCCGCUAAAACUGCAAUUAACCUUUCGCAAAAGUUUUUAAGAAGAUCGAGCGAGGCAACAGGUCUCGAUCUCAUGUCUGACGAUCCGGCGACAAUACAAAAGCAUAUGAAAGCAGCAGAAUUUAUAUUAGCCACAAAAAUGGAAGAGAUGCUAUUUGAAAGAGUCAGGCAAGAGACUAAAUCUUUCUUAUUAGGUACUCCUCUGCAACAAGCUGAAAAGACUAAACGCUAUGAUCUACCUGAAUUAGUUGAUGUUGAUUUAGCUUGGAUUCAACCUAUUAGGGAUGAUGCACUACUCUUACAACUACCUGAAGAGCCUCCAAAAGAUAAGAAAAAAGGUAAAAAAGGCAAAAAAGGAAAAGGCGGGGCUGCUGGAGCUAAAAAGAAGAAAAAGAAGAAAUAA